AUGUCGCCUUUCAAGCUCGUCUAUGGGAACCCUUGCCAUUUGCCUAUUGAACUUAAAUAUAAAGCAUUUUACGCAAUUAAGAAAUUGAACAUGGAUUGGAUUAAUGCUAGCAAUAACCAACUACUGGAGAUGAAUAUGAUGGAGGAAUUCAGAGCUCAAGCUUUUGAGAAUGUCAAACUAUACAAAGAAAAGACAAAACGAUGGCAUGAUAAGAAGAUUUUGCCACGACAAUUUGAACUUGGACAACAAGUGUUGUCGUUCAAUUCUAGGCUGAAAUUGUUUCCUGACAAACUAAAGUCUCAUUGGUCUGGCCCAUUUGAGAUACUGCAUGGUUACCCUCAUGGAGCUGUAGAAGUCAAAGAUGGCGAGAUUGGCUUUAAUUUCAAAGUCAAUGGCAAACGUUUGAAGCAUUAUUUGGGAGCUCCCAUACUUCAUGAUAAACAUUCCAUUGCUUUUCGAACUACGUAG